AUGGCCGCUCCAAAGAUGUGUUGGUUCACUUACAAAGGAAGUGACUAUCGAGACGGUCAAGUCGGUUGGACCAACUCUCCCUUUUACGCCGAUACGUAUCCACCAAACUCCAACUGCCUGUACCUAUUCAAAUUCGAGCCUGAACAAUCCAUUCUUCUUUCAUUUACAUCCUUUCAAACAAAGGAGGAGACUUUAACAGGAAAUAGCCACUUCCACAAGGAUUUUGCCAGCUGCAAAGAGGAUUAUCUUGAAGUGAUUGAAUUGCUCAAUGAAAUUACCCACGAGGGGAGACUGCUGCAAAAGUUCGCCAAUAGCAAUCAACAAAAGUGGACUGAGCACGCUUUUAAUGACUUUCCUCUUAUUCAAAUUGAGGAAUAUCGGAAGACGCAUUCAAUCUGUGGGGAUUACAUUCCAGGCCCCCUGAUACCCAGUCCUUCAGCGAAACACCUCCUUCUUGCAUUCCGCUCGAAUGAUAGAGCCGCAUCUACCGGGUUCCAAUUGAAAUUCCAAUUUCUCCCAAGGCUUAAACUUUUCCCCAGACCUCAUGAACAAUGUAUUUCGGACGAGGGAAACGUAACGGAAUUCGGUGGCGUUCUCCUAAGUCCAAAUUACCCAAAUUCCUAUCCAAAGAGCCUUAACUGCGAACGAACCAUCAGUGUGAAUGAACCGGCUCAGGGUAUUCUGCUGCAAUUUCUAAAUCUUUCCGUGGAGGGAACAACUAAGGGAUGCAAAAAUGCUGUGGUUCGAAUAAAGGAGGCCGAUUCGCUACGUUCAGUUUCUUCCAUUUGUGGAUUUGCUUCAGUGGUUCCUGCCUACGUGUCAAAGAAAACUUCGGUUACAAUAAGCAUGGUCACAAAUGAAAACGCACAUGGAGGUAAUGGAUUUAAAAUCGUAUGGACAAAGUUGCUGCCACUUGGAGCACAUGAUCAAUGUCCUGAAUUUCUAUGCCCAUAUUCGCAUCACUGCAUUCCACAGGAAUUGGAAUGCAACGGAUUUCCUAAUUGCGGCACUUACAUCAAGGAUGGCCAUAUCCUCACGGAUAAUUCAGACGAGGCUACCAAUUGUAAAGAGAAUGUUUCAUCGAACUAUCUCCACAUCGGAUUAGGUGUCCUCCUGACACUCGUAAUGCUGGCUUGCAUAAUUGUUUACAUCAUCUACCGCGAGAAUAAGCGCAAACGUAAAAGGGUUCAUGAUCCUCUGGACGUUGUCCACGGUGAUGACGAAGAUGAGAUCAACUUGUACAGUCCACUUAAAUCUCCUCCCCUUCCGAGUUCCAAAGAGAAGCUCCUCAUUGAGCCAACAUUUCACACGUGUAAACACUUCACAAAAGCUCCGCCUUACUCUUCUGCUCUUCCAAAUGGAACCAUUGGGGAUACGAACGUUCAUCGGCGUAAUUCAAGGCAUCACGAUGGGUCACACUUCUCUCCCAGCGAAAUAUCAAAUAAUAUACCUUGCGGUCACAGUGGUACCCACUCAAUUAAGAGUGGUAUUUCUCUUAAUUCACCGAUUGUAAAAACAUCCACUCCCCAUUGUUCCGCCUGUCCUUGUGGUCAUACUCUGAUAAUUCCUUCCCCUCCUAUAACAAUGAUGCAAGUUCCAUCCCCUCACAAUCACAGUCGGGCAAGCAGCAGACGUACCAGUUUUAACAGUGAUGGAAAGGAAAAGAUGCAGAAGAUUUCUAUUGUAUGA